AUGUCGAAAGAAGUGGAGAUCAUUGAAAGAUUGUCAACGGUCCCUGAGUAUCGUUGGGAGAUUUUGUAUUUGGCUGAACGUUUACCCAUCCUAAAACCUGUAUUCACCACAUCGUUGUGCUUAUUAGCAAACCUCAAGUGCUCCAUUAGUGAUUUCGGUCUUUUAAUGGAGUUCAAUACUAUACUCCUUUACAUAUGUGUGUUUUUCAAUCAAUAA